AUGGAUACUGCCUCAGAGCCUGUGGAGGACCUUCAAGGAGACCUUUCACUGUCAGCAUUGCCUACUCUUGAUGAUGAGUUGGCGACAGAGUCUAUAAAUCUUCGCUUGCUUGUUUCUGCUCGUGAAGCAGGUUGCCUUAUUGGUCAGAACGGAACAGUUAUCGAUUCUGUUCGUGAAGAAACAAAUACUCGAGCUGGAAUCUCUAAAUUGCAACCGGGGUCGCAUGAGCGUAUCUUGACGGUAAGCGGAAAUAUUGAUGAUGUGGCCAAGUCACUAAGCUAUUUUGCUCAGGCUCUAGUCAAUGCAUUUGCAGAGGCACAGUUUACAUAUCUGUAUUUUCCACUCAAGCAAUUGUCGCUGAUUCCUAAUGUGGAAGGUGAAACCACAGUCUUGCGACUUUUGAUUCCGAAUGCUCAAAUGGGAACACUUAUAGGACCUAGAGGAGUGCGAAUUCAGGAGAUCCAACGUAAUUGUAACGUUCUGAUGAUAGCAUCAAAGCUGUUCUUGCCUGGCCUGAACGAAAGGUUGGUUGAACUUCAAGGAGCUGUGGACAACUUGUAUGACGCCCUCCGUUUGGUUCUGAGGUGUCUUAUCGAAGAUAUUCCAGCGACAUCAACUAUUACUUAUUAUAUCCCACGAGUAACAGGCUCACGAGUUGGAGCCAACAGUCUGGUCUUGCAAAAGCAAAUCACAGCAACAGUUUCGUUUCACAAUGACAUUGUUGGAGCUUUGAUUGGGAAACAUGGAGCGCGGAUCCAGGGUGUAAGGAAGGUUAGCGGGGCCACUAUUGGAAUUUCUGAGGAGGAGGAAGGACAAUCCGGUAGGACCUUCACUAUCACAGGAACUCCCAAGGCUGUUGAGAAAGCUAAGAGUUUGUUGUAUCAUAAUUUGGAACGCGAGGAGCACCGGCGUAACCAAGCUGAAAGUGAAUUGCAAGAUUGA